AUGUCACAAUACAAAUUAAUAUUUCAAAAUGCUUUUAUUUCUUGUGCAUUUGCAGGAUCGUUGGCAUUAUUCUUUGAACACAUUGCACUGGAGGACAAGGGCAAUUGGACAUGUGAAGUUAAUUCGAAGGAUAUAAAAGAACGAAUAUCCUUUGAGUUAUUAGUGUAUCAGAAAAUAUCCUUUGACAAAACGGAACUGGUGCAGUCAGCUAGAGAAGGUCGUGAUGCCACUGUUUAUUGUUUGGUGAAAGGUGAUCCACCACCUGCCAUUUCAUGGCUCUUCAAUGGAGAGUCCAUAACAAUUUCUAACAACACAAAAUAUCGACCCAUGUCAAAUGGUCUUUAUAUCAAGAAUGUAACGCAAGCAGAUGCUGGUGAAUACACAUGUCGUGCAAUGCGUAUCACAUCGACUUUUGCUGAUUCUGAUCAGAUAACGAUACUACUGAGAAUACAACAUAAGCCGCAUUGGUUUGAUAACGAUACGUCAUUGAUACAAUAUGCCUACAUUGGUGGCAGUGUCAACAUCUCUUGCGAUGCCAUGGGUGAGCCACCACCAUCGUUUACUUGGUUGCACGACAGUCGUGCAAUAACGGGAAAGAACUAUCGUUUAUUUUAUGCCGAUUACGGUUCGACUCUACAAAUACACGUAUUGAAUUCCUCGCAUCUGGGUGAUUACAAGUGUAAAGUGGCCAAUCCAUUGGGCAUGUUGGAACGUGUUAUUAAACUAAAGAAGGGCCAGAAACCAGCAGGAAUUUCAUACUUUCAAGUGAGACGCGUAUUUACGGAUGGCUUUGAUUUGGACAUACGUUCGGUGAAACCGUCUAACAUUGAUGACAACAUGCAUACGCUGGGCUAUCGUGUCGAGUACAUGAGCGAACAGGAAUUCAAAUACAGUGCUGGUAAUUGGAGUUAUGCUAAGCGAAAAGAUUUCCUAUUUCAUAGAGAUGGUCGCCGUUUUGUGGUUACAAAUCUAAAAUCCAACACAACUUACUUGAUGCAUGCUGCUACACGCAACUUGGCCGGCUUAAGUGAUUGGAGUUCAGUGAAAAUAUUCCACACGCUCGUAAAUUAUGCCAGUCAUACGGUUACACUGCUGACACAUCAUGUCUUAAUUAUAAUCACUUUAGGUUUUAUAGUCAACUCAUCCUUGAAGCAUUUCUAA